AUGAAGCUCACGUUUAUCGACAUCGCCGACGUCCAGAGCGACAUAGACCAGAAUGCGCUGGCAAUCCAUUUCAAUACCAGCUUUCACACAGCCAAAGAAGCGCCAGAUCUUCCCGUGCCCUCGAAUGAGCCAACAUCUUUCAGUCAAUGGGCACCCUUCAUACUACGAUCUCGUGGGCUUCCGGAAAGUGCACUUCAAAUCGUCACACUCACGCGGUCCCAGAUGAACACCGUGGUGCUAGCAGCAAGGGCGUCAAUCAACACCCGCCAGCUAAGCUUAUCAUACGCAGAAGACUUGCGUGAAGAAGUCAACCCUUCUUUCGAGAAGCUAAUAUUUCCAACGGAGGGUCUCUUCAUGCGUCUCGGAGCAUGUUCGCCCAAGGACGGCACCGAGACGACACCAGGCAAAGCGUCGCUACACUCUGUCGACGACAUCAUGCUACGACUGACCACAUCGCAGAGAGCGUGGAGUGCGCUAACCAACAUUCUCAAUACGGACGCCAAUCAUGCGUGCAUCUAUUUCCUGCCGUUUGACAAAAGAAUGCGGACCGAGGCAGAGUAUCGUGUGUUUUGUAUGCCUAGCUCGCUUAGGAUUACUGCCGUCAGCCAGUACAAGUGGCAUAAACGUUGGAUUUUUGCACAAGGAACAAAAGAAGAGAUGGAAGAGACGGCGCUCAAGAUUCUUGACGGCAUUGAGAAAAUACACGCGCAGAUUGUUGGUCGCUUGCAUGACGCUGGCGAGGGGGAGUUGCUCGAGGAUCUCCAGCGGCAGGGCUUCACGUUUGAUGUGUUGCACAUCGAUGACAAGAACUUCAUGUUGAUUGAGCUAAACACUUUUGGUGUGAGGAGCCAGUGUGGCUCGUGUUUGUUUCAGUGGGUGAAGGAUCGGGACACGAUUUAUGGGGUGUCGUCGAAGGAGGUUGAGUUUCGAGUUGCGAGGUAG